UGAAGAUUAACCAAGUUAACGUCAUAUUGAGAUAGAAGCUAUCAAAUAUUAUAUAUAAAAGAAAAAAUGGGGGAUUGGUUUUCAACAGGAUAUGCCCAUGUGCCAGCAGAGCCUAAUGUUGACAGAAAUAUGCAUCCUAGACUUAAUAGUCCACAGAUAUUAUUGGAUAAUGGAAUUGAUAAGGACAUGCUAGAUCCAAAACUUGAUAAUGAUCCUUCAGUCAUACAUGAUAGAGGAAAGCUAUAUUGCUGGCAAGGCUGCAUACUUGAUGAAGGUUGGCAUCGAUUUGCAUUAAAUGUUCGUGGAAAAUAUGAUGAUGACUGGUUGCGUAAUAAAGAUUGGCAGAUUGCGUUCCAUGGUACUCCUAUAGAAAACAUUCAAAGUAUACUCAGGGAUGGGUACAAGCCAGGGGAGAAGAAAGGUCCCAACGGUAUUAGUGUGUACACUACACCUUCUUUGAGUCUAGCAUUCAACUAUGCAAAGAUGUUUGAGUACAAUGGACAGAAGUACCAUGCAAUAAUUGAAAACAGAGUUAACUGUGAUAAUACACAGCACACUCAAAUUGACAAUGAAAGUAACUAUUGGCUUUCAAGACAUCAUAGCCAAGCUAUUCGGCCAUGUGCAAUUCUCAUCCUGGACCAUAAGUGGACAGGCAAACUAUUUAGUUUGGAAAAACAGUGUUCUGAACUAUGGAAAACGAACAGAUAAACAGCCUUCCGAUAAGGACAGUUUUAACUAUGCAAUGGUUGGUUUUCAUAUCCAGAUUAUGAUCCUGAGAUUAAUGUUGAUACAAAAAAUCAGCAUCCCAGCUUUAAUAGUGUGCAAAUUUUAUUGGCCAAUGGAAUUGAUGAGGGCAUGCUAGAUAAUGAUCCUUUAGUGGUGCGUGAUGGAGGAAAAAUAUAUUGCUGGUGAGGCUGCGUGCUUGAUAAAGGAUGGCAACAGUUUGCAUUAAAUGGUUGCGGAAAAUAUGAUGACUGGUUGAGUAAUAAAAAAGUUUGGCAGAUUGAAUUCCAUGGCACUGAUAUCAAAGGAAUUGGAAGAAUACUCAGGGAUGGGUACAAGCCAGGGAUGAAUAAGAGUCCCAAUGGUGAUAUUGUGUAUACCACACCUGCUUUGAGCCUAGCAUUUAACUAUGCAAAGGUGUUUGAGUUCAACGGACAGAAGUACCAUGCAAUAAUUGAAAACAGAGUUAAUACACAGCACACUCAGAUUGACAACAAAUCUAACUCUUGACUUUCAAGCCAUCGUAGACUAUCAAUUCGGCCAUGUACAAUUGUCAUCUUGAAUGAUAAGUGGACAGAUAAACUGUUUAGUUUGGAAAAACAGUGUUCCAAACUAUGGAACCCAAGCAGACAAAUGACCUUCAGAUAUUAAAGUCUUAACAAUGGCACCGACGGUGUGUUAUUUAAGUUUAGUGAAAAAUAAGUACUUUAUAAAAAGGGAAAAAAAAAAUAUAGCAAUAUAUAUUUAUUAUCCACUAAAUCAUCAUUAUUAUUAUCACUAUUACCACGUCCAACAACAUUUUAUGUGUGAGCAUGAAUUUUUUUUAAUUGCAAUUUUCUUCACUUAACAGUAACUAUUAUUGAGUAUUAAAGCAAAUGCUUGUAAAUGAGAGUAUUUUUAUACACAGUAUGUGCCGUCCAGGGGAUUUUUGGGCCAUUUCAAAUCAGUAUUUCAACCACAGUAUGAAUGAAGAAUUAAAAGAAUAUCAAAUAUGUUUUGGUUCAAUGAAUUGUGGCCACUGGCGAUGAGGCUCAAGCCACGAUUCCACUUCUACUGACAGAAUUGAUAUAUUAUACAUGAUAUACUUGUUUUUUUUUUUUGUUUGUUCAACUUUGUCUGAUUUCAUAGUUUUCCCCACAGCUCUCUUUAUGUUGUAAUAUUUUUAAUGCUCCAACCAUUGCACCUAUAUAUUUAUUCAUAAUAUUUUGUAAAAUAUUUUUUGAUAGUGAACCCCAAAAAAAAGUACUGAAACUUACAAUUAUAGCAAUUGACUAAACAUGAGUCAAAAAUGUACUGUAACAACAUAGAAAACAUAGCAGUAGUAUGAGGGAGGGCAAGUUUUAUUGGUUGAGUUUAAUGAAGGAAUUUUAUUUGAAAUGUCAGUAAUUGUUAGAUUACAGUUAGAUGUUGGGAUACAUGACCUUUAACCCCUCCCAUAAGCAUCAUUACAGAUCUAGAGGCUGACCCCCAAUAUCUUCAAUACUACGCUGACCUUGUUACUUAAUGUAAUGUUUCUCUAUCUAUGUAUAUGAAUAUUAAGCUUGUGUGUACUGAAUAAUGGCAAUUAUAUGAAGAAAAAAAAAUAAAACUAAAAUCAAUAC